GGGACGCGCCACGUGGCGACGCCAUGACGAUGAAGAAAAGCACCUUUCGCGAUGAUGGCGGGAAGUUGCAUGCCUCGACCAUCCUGAAAUCCUGCAUGGGCAUUUUCGGUGGCCUCGUGUGCAUUGGGGCGGUGUCCGGCUCUGGGUGGUAUAUGAGCUAUUCCACUGCACAAGCCUCGCUGGAGAGUGCAGGUGGUGAAUUCAUGGCAAAUAUUCCUCUCUAUGUCGAAUCCAGCUUGAAGCAUCGCCUAGAUCCUAUUCUCUUUCAUUUGAAAGCUGGCCUCAGCAUGCUGAAUACCAUGGCUGUGGAUGUAGCUACCUGGGAUGGUAUCUAUCAAAUCAGGAACUACACCACGCCCUUCUUGCAGAACUUUUUUGGCGACACCAAGUGUUGCUACGGUGUGGCUGUGAACAUGGGUUUUGACAAAGCUGACGUGGAGCCCUUUGGCGGUUGGCAAGGAUUCCUGGAUGCUCAUCCAGACAGUUGUGGCGACGAUCGCAUGGUGGGCGAUGUGGUGUUGAUGGACACAGAUGCGAAUGGAAAUCCCACCGUGGUGGGGGUGGAGACCGAGUUUCCCAAUGGCUCCAACACCAACAGUUGGAUCGCGCGACCCCUGGAUGAUGUGCGCUACUUGCCCUUAGUGGACAAGAGCCAAGGUGUGAACUUUGGUCCUGCGCGCAUGGCUUGGCUGGAUAUCACGUGGAAAACGGUGCACUGGAAGGAUCUGCAACCCUUCGAGUUUAGCUUCACUCCCAUCAUCAUGUGGGACAUCACCAAACCCAACUGCCUGAAGACCCACGGAGUUGUGCCUCUCUAUGAGAACACACGUGUUCCUACUGAUGCAGAGUACAAGAGUUUUAAAGCAGGAAACCCACCCUGGGAUCCUGGACGCCGUGUCGGCGCAUGGCUCAUUGGUUUUAAGUUGUGGUUCCUUUCGGAGCAUUUGGCAUCCAUGAAUUUGAAGGGCGGCUUCAUCUAUUUGGUCGAGCGGGCCACCGGCACCUUCGUGGCUUCCUCAGAUAUUUCAGUGCAGUCUUUGGCUCCGGAUUCCAAUGGGGAAAUGACGAUGACAUUGAGCCCCAAGGAUGUGGAUCAUCCCAUGAUCAGCGGAUCGGCCUUGGUUCUGGCGCCUGAUAAUGAGUGGAGCAACAUUACCCAGGAGUUGAAACAGGUAGAAGUGAAUGGUGAACGUGAGUUCAUGCUCACAUUUCUCUUCUCCUACUACAACCUCGAGCUGCAAGGCGUUUACAUGGUGCAUCGCAAUGUGGUGCUGUCGCAGUUGGAUGAGAUGGCCACCAGAGAUGCCUUGAUGAGCAUUGUGCUGAACACCUUCUUCUCAGGCAUCUUGAUGAUCGGCGUGAUCAUCAUCGGCUACCAGGCCUUCAAACGCUUAGCCCAAGUCGCGCAGGAGCAACGACGGGCGUUGCACGUCAAGGUGCAGGAUGGCUUGUGGUGCGCCAGUGAAAUUUCUUAUCCCAUCGUCUUGGUCUCUGCCAAUGACUUCAUGGUCCAGGAGGAUUCGGAGAUUCGCUUGUGCCAUGAAGGGUUACGUCGGAAGGGACUGCUGACGUUUUUGGAUACCAAAGACUUGGUCUGCAACUUUAAGAAGGCAGGUGGGCAGAUAAUAUUCUUUUCCUACGAGUGGCAAUCCUGGACCAAGCUCGGACCCAGUGAUUUGCAGCUGAAGUGGAUGCGCGCGAGUUUGAAUCACUAUGCCGCUGAAACGGGAGUGGACAUCGGACAUCUCUAUGUUUGGCUGGACAUUUUGGCCAUUCCCCAGCGUCACGUCGGCAUGAAGUCCUUAGCAGUGAACUCUUUAUACGCUUAUGCCUCGUCCACGAGCGGUUUCAUUGUGAUCGCGCCCGAAGGCUUCCAUGAGAACACGGGUGCGCCUUCAAACCUGGAGUCCUACAGGAGCCGCGUUUGGACGCGGGUGGAGCAGGUUGCCAUGUUCGCAGCGAAUGGUUUGGGGAAGAUGUACAUCGCCGAAGGCGAUGGUCUUCGCAAGUUUGACAUGGACUUCCUCAAGCCAAGCCUGGAAAUCUUUCAAGCGAAUAUGACUUGCUGCCGCCGGAAGCACGAACAUCAGGACUACUGCGAUAAGGAGACGGUGGUGCUCCCCAUGCUGGGUCUCUGGUUCCGUCUGCUGGCGCAGCAGCGCAAUGUGGGUGUCACCGAAAGCGGCAAGGAGCUAUUUGAGAUCUACUCUGCGGAGAUCCAGAAGUAUUUGCCUGCACGCUUUGACUAUACGCAGGUGGCUGGACCCACCGUGAGCAGGCCCUUGUUCGGCAACCUCAUCAAACAAGUGGGUCGAAUUGUGGACAAUCUCAGCAACGAGGAGUUGGCGGACAUCCUGUCCAUUGACUUGCCAGCAGAAGGGCCGCCACCCAGCAAUGUGGUCGUCGCGCGGGUCUCCUUUGCACCUGGAGACGCGGACAACAUAUCGACCGCCUCCUCCUCCGACACAGCGAGUUUCUGACACGCGCUGUUGGCAUCGGGUGAUUCCUGACCGGCCUUCGGGCGUUUCAUGUUUUCAGGUUUCAAACACAAGAA